GCUGGGGCUGGAGCGCGGACCACGCUGUUGUGUGAGACUCCAGGAGCGCGUGUUGGUCGCUGGGCACGACUCCUAAGCAGUCCUUCCGCUGUGGGCGCCGGAGACCAAGAGCCACCACCCAGGACCAGACAAUGGUGAGGAUCACUCGGAAGGAGGCCUGGUCGAGAACAUUGAGGACGGUUCCCUGAACACGGGAGGCGGAGGCAGUGCUGGCCGCAAGCACCUCACGCCGGGCAUGAAGGAGAUGGCUAGGUUCCGGGAGAGAGUCACGGAGCAGCACCGGCAAAUGGACAAAGGUGGCAAACAUCAAGUUGGCUUGGAGGAGCCCAAGAAGCUGCGGCCACCAGCCGCCAGGACCCCCUGCCAGCAGGAAUUGGACCAGGUCCUGGAGCAGGUCUCCACCAUGCGCCUUCCAGAUGAGCGGGGCCCUCUGGAGCACCUCUACUCCUUGCUCAUCCCCAACUGUGACAAGCACGGCCUGUACAACCUCAAACAGUGCAAGAUGUCUGUGAACGGGCAGCGUGGGGAGUGCUGGUGUGUGAACCCUAACACCGGGAAGGUGAUCCAAGAAGCCCCCACCAUCCGGGGUGACCCCGAGUGUCAUCUGUUCUACAAUGAGCAGCAGGAGGCUCGUGGGGUACCCACCCUACGGAUGCAGUAAACCACAGCCAGCCGGUGCCUGGCCCCAUCCACCACCCCCGCUGCCACCCCCUCUCCAGACACAGAGAGUGCUUGGGUGGUGGGUGGUGGAGGAUUUCCCAGGAGUUUUGACACGUGUGUUUAUAUUUGGAAAGAGACCAGCACUGAGCUCGGCACACACCCCUGCCUUCCCCUCCCCAGCUGGAGAUGCCUGCACCCUCCCCUUCUUGCUACCCCCCUGGGGAGGAAAGUGGGGGGUUGCCAUGGGGGGGGCUGGGGUAAAGGUUUGGGAGGGGAGAAAAAGAAAUUUUUAUUUUUGAACCCCUGUGUCUCUUUUGCUUGAGAUUAAAAGAAGGAAAAAUAAA